CUGUCUGACAGGGGCCUUGUUUUUUUUACACACGGUGUGGCGUCGCGGCUCUUCCGGGUGUCGGUCUGUAGCGCAGUCAUACGCAGUGCCGGGACAUGGCCUCAGACACGCCGCUGGCCGGGCUCCCUGUGCCCUGCGCUGGCUUCUUCUGGUAUCUGGGUGUGAUAGCGGCCUCCUGGUGGGGUGUGAGGGGCGCAUGGCGCCUGCUGAGUGGCGCUCGGGUCUGGGUGCUGGGGAGUGGAGCGCAGGUGGGCCCGAGGAUCGGGAAAUGGGCAGUUGUCACCGGAGCCACCGAUGGGAUUGGAAAAGCAUAUGCAGAAGAGUUGGCCAAACGUGGAAUGUCCAUCGUCCUGAUCAGCAGGAGCCAGGAGAAGUUGGAUGAUGUCUCCAAGUCUAUACGAGAGAAAUUUAAAGUGGAGACUAAAGUCAUCGCAGCAGAUUUUGGAAAACCAGCAGAGAUCUAUGACCGCAUUGAGGCCGGACUGAAGGGCCUAGAAAUUGGGGUGUUGGUAAACAACGUGGGAAUUUCUUAUGAAUAUCCAGAGUAUUUUCUUGAAAUUCCCGACCUGGAUAACACUCUGGACAAGCUGAUCACCAUCAACAUCACGUCUGUCUGUAAGAUGACACGGCUGGUGUUGCCCGGGAUGCUGGAGAGGUCCAAGGGUGUGAUCCUGAAUAUCUCCUCUGCUAGCGGCAUGUACCCUGUACCGCUCCUUACUGUGUAUUCUGCUACCAAGGCUUUUGUGGAUUUCUUCUCGCGGGGUCUUCACGCAGAGUACAAGAGUAAGGGUGUCACUGUGCAGAGUGUUCUUCCAUUCUUUGUGGCCACCAAAAUGAGCAAAGUCCGCAAACCAACAUGGGACAAGCCAAGCCCAGAAGACUACGUGAGGUCCGCACUGAAUACUGUCGGCUUACAGACCCAGACCAACGGCUACCUGGCCCACGCCAUCAUGGGCUGGGUCACCGGAUCGUUGCUCCCUCUCUGCAUUGCUAUGAAGCUCACCAUGAAUAUGAAUAAAGGGCUCCGCGCUCGAUUCCUGAAGAGAGAGAAGAAAAACUAGAAAGCGUCUCUUCCUGCAUCACUUCUACCAAAUCUACCAGAAUCUUCAGGUCUUUGUCAUGGCUGAAUGUAACAUGAAGACCCUGUGACUGGCCCUUCACACUAACUGCUUCAUCGUUUUACCCUUACUUAGUAGACCCUGAAUGUUCUGUCUCUUUAGGCCGGGUACACAGGUCCUGCUUUUGGGGGUUGUCUCAUCUGGACAUCAUGGAGGGAUCUCAGAGCAGCAUCUCUCACUCUGGCAGUCCCAGGUCAUCCAUGUAUCACCAUUCAUUUAAAUGGCCGCUAUGUAAUUCUACAUUUCCUUUGCAUUGGCUGCAG